CAUUGCUUUCUGGGAUCUGGCUACAGCAGUCAACAGGGUGUCCCUGACGGUAGUUGGGAACCUACAGAGCCAAGGAAGGCUGCGCCACACUCUGGAUCUAGGAUUUUCCUCUGCCCAUGGGUACAGUGCCUCUGCCCAGCCUGUGAGCCUCUCCUGGAGCAGUAGCCAUGGCCCUGAAGAAUGUGCCAUUUCGCUCAGAGGUCCUGAACUGGAACCCCGACAGCCUUGCCGAUUAUUUCAAAAAGCUGAACUACAAGGACUGUGAGAAGGCAGUGAAGAAAUACCACAUUGACGGGGCUCGGUUCUUGAACCUGACAGAAAAUGACAUCCAGAAGUUCCCGAAGAUACAGAUGCCGAUGCUCAGUAAGUUAAGUCAAGACAUCAACAAGAAUGAAGAGAGAAGGAGCAUUUUCACACGCAAACCUCAAGUUCCGCGGUUUCCUGAAGAGACAGAAAUCCAUGAAGAGGAGGAUACUGGGGGCUGGUCAUCCUUUGAGGAUGACGAUUAUGAAAGCCCCAAUGAUGAUGAUGGUCCCGAUGGGGAGGAUGAAGGUGACUACGAGUCACCCAGUGAAGAGGCAGAUGCUCUGGUGGAAGACGCUGCAGACUACGAGCCUCCACCCUCCAACGAUGAGGAAACCCUGCAGAGCUCCAUCCUGCCCGCCAAGCCUUUCCCCAACGCCAGCUCCAUGUAUAUCGAUCGGCCUCCCUGUGGCAAGGUCCCCCAGCAGCCUCCCAUGCCCCCCCAGAGACCAGUGGCUGCCUUUCCUCCACGACCCACUGGCCGGAAUCACUCCCCACUACCCCUACCCCAGCCCAACCUUGAAGAACCCAGCAGAAAUCGAAAUCUCAGACCAGCCAAGCUUCCUGCGCCUUCAAUAGACAGAAGCACGAAACCUCCCCUUGAUCGCUCCUUAGCUCCUCUGGACCGAGAGCCCUUCACAUUAGGAAAGAAACCGGCAUUUGCUGACAAGCCCUCGGCUCCAGCAGGAAGGACUCUCGGGGAACACGUACCCAAGAUACAAAAGCCUCCUUUACCACCAGCCGUGGACAGACAUGACAGAAGUAACCCCCUGACGGGGAAGAAGCCACCUGUGCCCGUGCAUGGAUGUGGGCCAGACAGGAGAGAUCAUGAUGAAGAUGAUGUGCAUCAAAGACCUUUGCCCCAGCCCUCAGUACUUUCAAUGAACUCCAAUACAUUCCCUUCAAGAUCUGUGAAGCCAAGCCCCAAGCCUACUUUCCCUUUGUCUCACGGGUCUGGAGGAUUCUCAGAAAGUAACAGUGGAUUUUCACAGGGUGCCUCCUUGCCACCAUACUUCUCCCAAGGCCCUGGCCACAGACCGCCUCUCAGAGCUGAAGGCAGAAGCUGUCCCUUGCCGGUGCCACACCAGUCCCAGCCAGCUACUGGGGAAGGCGAGAAUCUAUUAGAUGAAGAGUGGUACGUCUCUUAUAUUACCCGGCCAGAGGCAGAAGCUGCUCUGAGAAAGAUAAACCAGGAUGGCACUUUUCUGGUGAGAGACAGUUCUAAGAAAACAACAGCCAAUCCGUACGUCCUCAUGGUCUUGUACAAAGAUAAAGUCUACAAUAUCCAGAUCCGUUAUCAGGAGGAAAGUCAAGUGUACUUGCUGGGAACUGGACUUCGAGGAAAAGAGGACUUUCUGUCUGUCUCAGAUAUUAUUGACUACUUCAGGAAAAUGCCACUUCUGCUCAUUGAUGGGAAAAACCGAGGUUCUAGAUACCAGUGCAUGCUAACAUAUGCUGCCGGGUGUCCAUAGCAAGUUGACAAGCUGAUGGCUCUUCCUGUCACCUCUGUCACCCACACAGGAAGAUAACUGAACCCCACGAAUGGACAGACACUUAGGACCACAGUGAACCCCUCAACAUGAACCAAAAGCAUUUUGACCUUUCCUUUGAAAACCAUCAGAAAUGAAGACUGUUGAAAUGCCAUAAUUUAUUUAUUCCUCAUGAGUGUUUCUAAAAUGCAGGAGUCAUAAUAUUCACACUUGAAGUUGCUAGUGCACCACAGUACUUCACUAUAAGACAUGCAAUUUUGAAUAUGUAUUUCAAAAUAGUUUAUGCAACUACAGAAAUGAUUUGGGGCAAGUUUAAAAACACCGAAAAAGUAGUUGUUUUCUUAAUAUCACAUAAAAAUAGUCUUUUAUAGUGAAACCUUUGUCCUACAGAGGCAAGCUUUUUUAUGUAACUUAAAAACUAUUAAAGUUCAUUUUCUGAGCACCAAUAA